AUGAACUUCCUUGCUACUCUGGCCCUCCUCGCCGCCACCGCCACCGCUAGCCCCGCGAUAAAGACAUUCACCUUACAGACCACGGGCGCUUCUAACAGCAGCUUGAACGGCCUGUAUCUUACCACCAGGUCUACCGGCCCGCUAAACAGCUUGGCGGUGUUUACUGGUGGCGCCGAGGACGCAGCGACAUUCUACCUGAAGAACGGUACGGUGCGGUACCAGGCGGAGAACGGCGCGCCGUGGGCCAUUGCUCUCGUUUCCGAGGAUGAUCGCAAGUCUCCUGUUGAGGUGAGCGUGAGUCCCACGACCGGUAGCACUGGCUUCGGCUUUGCCAGCGAUGGCGACCUGGAGACAUCGAACAAGAACUGGGGUGGCUGGCUUGCUUGCACUGACAGUGCCCUGUACUAUGUCAACCUUGCCCAGACUGGCAGCUACACUGGUUGCGACACUGUCGAACUCCAGGCAUCCUCUUAG